GGCUCUACGCGGCUAGAAGUGCCAACUUUAAUUUUUCAGGCGGUUCUUGAAGCGACCCGGAAGCGGAAGUAGAAGAAAGUUCUAGUGGGUUGAGGUAUCGGCGGGAGCAGCCGUGCGGCGGGAGUAGCCGUUACAGGAAUUGGAGCUGCCGAUUAAUCCUGACCAAGAUGACAACUUCUCAAAAGCACCGAGACUUCGUGGCAGAGCCCAUGGGGGAAAAACCGGUGGGGAGCCUGGCCGGGAUCGGUGAAGUCCUGGGCAAGAAGCUGGAGGAAAGGGGCUUUGACAAGUCCCACAGCACUGAGCAGCAUGCCCUUUACUUUGCACGUUUGCAGGCCUAUGUGGUCCUUGGCCAGUUUCUGGUGCUAAAGAAAGAUGAAGACCUCUUCCGGGAAUGGCUAAAGGACACAUGCGGCGCCAAUGCCAAGCAGUCCCGGGACUGCUUUGGGUGCCUUCGAGAGUGGUGUGAUGCCUUCUUGUGAUGCCCUCUGGGGAGCCCCCAAUCCCUAGCCCCAUCCUUGAGUCUCCAGAGUUCGCAGCCAAGUGGGGGCUCCUCCCCUGUCCUCUACAAAGGAAAUGAUUGCUGUCUACUCACCUCCGAUGUCCUCCAGGGUCUUCAGGGAGUUCUCUCCCCUCACCAUUUCAAUUUUUGGGAAUUCUUGCUCUUGCAUGCAUAUUCCUUCUUCCCCGGCCAGUUUCGUGUUAAUAAUUACCAGCUUUUCUGAACAGAUUCCUGGUCCCUUCCCUCAUCCCCACCCUCAACUCUGGUCUGUUUUAUGCUAUUUGGCUUCUCUUUUGGCAGAACAGUCACUGUCGUUAUAAAAACUUUUUGAAUCAAUAAAGUCAGUGGCCUUUAA